ACGGUCAAGAUUAUUAGAUCCGGGAAGAUCUUAGCACUUCUUGUACAUUAGUUUCCUUGUGUCGAUUCGAUCGAUGAUUACGCCCCCCACUAUGUUGACACCUUCAGCUCGGGAUGAGUACUCCCUCUCCAAGUUCAUCAAGAUCUUAGCGGGUAUCAGAUCUCCGAAGCAGUUCCAAGCCAUCCAUUCCUUCAUCACCAAGCUCGGAUUCUCUCGCUUUACCGUUCUGGUGAGCGGCUUGAUAGAUCUCGCCCUCAAAUGUGGAUCCUUGGACGACGCGGACAAGCUGUUCGACGAUAUGCCCCACAAGGAUGUCGUCGCGUGGACUUCCAUGAUCAUCGGCCACGCACGCCACGGGCAGUCUGACAAUUCUGUCUCUUUGUUCCGGGCAAUGCUCGCCAGUGGCACGGCACCGAAUUGGUACACUUUCUCUGGCGCUUUGGCUGCUUGUUCCGGCAUCGGAGUUGAGGCCCUGGAUUACGGUAAGCAAAUCCAUGCUCAGGUGCUUAAGUCGAGCUUCCUGGGGCCAGUCGAUCCCGUUGUUUACAAUGGGUUGCUUGACAUGUACUCCAAGUGUCAGUGUCUCUUGUUCGCUCGGAGACUAUUUGGUUCCAUGACAGUCAAAGGCCUUGUUGCUUGGAACUCGAUGAUGUCUGGUUACCUGCGAUGUGGGCAAGCCGAGGAAGCUUUGGAGUUGCUCAUGUUGAUGGUCGCUUAUGGUAUGAGACCCGGUGACUUCACAUAUGCUAUCUGUGUCGACGCGUGCACCGCUCUGGCGUCGAUCAAGCAGGGACUUCAGCUUCAUGCUUCGAUCAUCAAAAGUGGAUUUGAUUCAGACUUGGUUAUCAGAAACGGUUUGGUGGAUAUGUAUGCAAAGUGCGGUUGUAUUGGUUCGGCGAAGCUCGUCUUUGAAAUGAUGCCUUCAAGCGACCCGGUGCUUUGGACCACCAUGAUUUCGGCUUUCGGGAAGUAUGGAUGUGUUGGUGAGGCAAUUAUGAUGUUUGAAAAGAUGGUUGAGCUGAAGAUCGAACGUGAUGGAAUCACGUACCUUGCAGUUUUAUCUGCCUGCAGCCAUGGGGGGCUGGUCGGUGAAGGUUGGCGCUAUUUUCGAUUGAUGUUUGAGGAAGAAGGCGCCGCCAUUGCAGAGUCGGAACAUUAUGGAUGCAUGGUCGAUCUUCUAUGCCGAAGUGGCUGCUUGGAGGAAGCUCUCAGUUUCAUUGAAGGCAUGCCAUUAGAGCCAAGCAUUGCUGUUUGGAGUACAUUGCUUAAUGCUUGUCGGAUAUAUGGUAACACCAAGCUUGGUAAGCUAGCUGCUUGUCGGCUAUUUAAACUGGAUCCAGAAUUCCAGAGCAAUUGGGUUAUUCUCUCCAGCAUACAUGCGGCAGAAAGCGAAUGGGAUAAGACACGGAAGUUAAGGGAAAGCAUGAAGGGUGAGAAUGUGAAGAAAGAGCCAGGGUGUAGUUGGAUUGAGCUCGGUGAUGGUGUACAUGUAUUCCACACGGCAGACAGGUCUCUUCCUCAGGUGCUUGAGAUCCUCCAGACUCUGGAGGCACUGAACAAGGAUUUGAUCAUCCUACAUGUGGAGAGACUGAUGUUGUUGGACUCCGCCAUCAUUUGCCGCCUACGGGGCUCCUCUGAUCUGCUCACCGUUGCCGCCUCCCACGCCGCGCUCCUCAAGUCGGGCGCCCGCACUGUCUCCGUCUUCAACCAUCUCAUCAACGCCUACGUGCGACGCGAGGCCGUCCCUGACGCACACAAGCUGUUCGACGAAAUGACCGUGCCCGACGUGGUAUCCUGGACCUCCUUGAUGGCCGGCUAUGUCCACGUCGCCAGGCCCGAUGACGCCUUAUCUCUGUUCCAUUACAUGCUGAACUGUGAGGCCCAGCCAAAUCCUUUCACUUAUGCGACGGCCAUCAAUGCCUGCUCUCGCCUUGCUGACCUCGCAUUGGGUCGGACGAUCCAUGCCCGGAUGGAGACCUGCGGCGUCCGAUCGGACGUCGUCGUCUCCUCUGCUCUCCUCGACAUGUAUGGCAAAUCCAACGAAGUCGACGAUGCCCGUAAGAUCUUCGAUGACAUGAUCGAAAGGAACGUGGUUUCUUGGGGUUCAAUGAUUUCAGCCUACGCUCAGAAUGCCCGCGGCCAUGAGGCACUUGCUCUUUUCGGGGAAUUCCUUCAAGCGAGCUCUUCAAUGAGCUUGGUUCCGAAUCACUUCAUGUUCUCCAGUGUCGUCAAUGCUUGUGCUAGCGUGGGAAGACUAGGCUUGGGGAGAUCGUCACAUGCAUCAAUCGUUUGCCGUGGAUAUGAUUCCAAUGAGGUUGUUGCGGGCGCAUUAAUCGACAUGUAUUCAAAAUGUGGAUCCAUUGACUAUGCAAGAAAGGUGUUCGAUCAUAUUGAGUGUCCUUCUUUAGUCCCAUACACCUCCAUGAUCAUAGCAGCAGCAAAGUAUGGACUUGGGAACCAGUCACUGGAACUGUUCGAUGAGAUGAUUGCUCAGGGAGUGAAGCCUAAUAGCAUCACCCUCCUUGGCGUCCUCCAUGCUUGUAAUCACUGUGGCCUCGUGGACAUUGGCCUCCUGCACCUGAAUUCAAUGAGAGACAGACAUGGCAUUGCACCGAGCAUGAGACACUAUACCAGUGUGGUCGACAUGCUUGCCCGUGCAGGUCGUCUUGAUGAAGCCCACGAGCUCUCCAAACAAGUUAAGGCUGAAGGUGAUGAUGCUCUGAUGAUAUGGAGUUCCCUGCUCUCGGCUUGCAGGACAUUCCAGCGGUUGGACAUUGCAGCUGAGGCAGGGAAGAAGCUUGCAGAGUUCAACCGAGACGUGGCUGGUGCAUAUGUGGCAAUGUCGAAUGCCUAUGUGGCAGUUGGGCAGUUGGAGAGUGCGACGAGGAUUUGGGCCGAGAUGAGCAGGCGGAGGAUCAAGAAGGAGCCUGCUUGCAGUUGGGUUGAGCUCAAGGAUGUAGCUUAUGUGUUCUACACUGGGGAGGUUUCAUCAGCUGGUCCAAGACAGGUGGAGUUGAUGGAGUUGUUGAAGGAGUUGGAGAGAAGGAUGAGGGAGAGGGGAUAUGUUGGUGGAGGGAAUGGGUGGGGGUUGGAUGGUGUGGAGGAGGGAGAGGAAGGAAAGGGAGUGAUGGUUGGAGUGCACAGUGAGAGGCUGGCUUUGGGGUUUGGGCUUAUAAGCACACCUAAAGGGAUUACCAUCAGGGUGAUGAAGAACUUGAGGAUGUGUAAGGACUGUCAUGAGGCAUUUAAGUUGAUCAGUGACAUUGUUGAGAGGGAGCUUGUGGUGAGGGACUUAAAUAGGUUUCAUCAAUUCAAGAAUGGGUCUUGCACCUGCAGAGAUUACUGGUGAUUGUAUCAUUAUCAACACAAAAGCAUGACAUGCUACCAGUCUACUAUCUGGAUGCCUCUUGAGGACCUUAAUGGCUGGGGUUUCUGUAAGAAAUGGAAUUAAGGAGAGAAAGGGAACAGAGUGAUGGUUGGAGUGCAUGGUGAGAGGAAAAGGAAUGACCAUCAGGGUGAUGAAUAACUUGAGGCUGUUAGGGACUGUCAUCAGGCAUUUAAGCUGAUCAGUGACAUUGUUAAGAGGGAGCUUAAGUGGACUUGAAUGGAUUUCAUUCACCUGUUCAAGGAUGGGUCUGGCACCUGCAGAGAUUGCUAACGAUUGUACCAGUAUCAACACAAAAACCCUAUUUACUAUGUGUUGGUUGCACCAGCACUUGAAUACGUCUGGCAUGCAAGACAAUGUGAUCAGUCUGCUAUCUGGAUGCCUAUUAAGGGUCUUAUUGGCUGGGUUUCUACAAAAUGGAAUUGUGAGGAUCAUCAAGGUGUUCACCUAUCAUUUCUGAUCCUAUUCUUCCAUGUGAAAUCCUAAAUGAGGAUAAUUCAGCUGAGUGCAGCUGUAUGAAUAGUUGCUGAUAAUAUGGUGAAGUGUCACUAAGAUUGCUUCUUUUGUUAUCUAGGUGAUAAAGCUUGAGGCGUGAUAACAGUGUCUCUGUUUACAAGGAUAAGACUGCAUGUAUCGAUCCUUUCCAGAUCUCACAUUGACAGGAGUCUUGUUCAUUGGUCUACACUUUUGUGAUGGUGAAGGAUAUAGAUUAAGAUGAUUCAUAAUGGACAUAAGAGAGAAAGAAAGCGAGAGGGGAAAGCAAGCAUGUAGGAUGAACUGACAAGGAUAGAGACAGUAGCUGCAUUGAAAAUUAAGUCGUAUCAGCUGAAUGGAGGUUGCUUUGUCAGCAUUUCGUUCUCAGAAUUUGUUGAUACAAAGGAGCAUAUCCUCUAUUAUCCCUAUUGUCAUGAUUUUUUGUGCACCAGAAACAAACAUAAAUACUAGCAGCGAAGCAUCAUCUUUAAUGAAGAUGUUGACAGCAAAGGAGUAUAGCAUCAAGGUGGCAUUAAGUUCUGAAGUCAUUGGCAGGCUGAAAUCUUAAAGAUGAGCAAACAUGGAGAAUUAUUUGCAUCACUGAGAUAUUAUAUUGGUAAUAUUACAUAUCUAUAAGCUGCAGUACAUCAGAAGCCUAAGUUUACUGGAUAGUUGAUGCACCUAACUACAUCCUCCUAUACUGCCUUUCCAAAUUGAUAGCUUGUGAGUGGACUAAAACCAUUGAUUAAUGGGAGAAUCAACUGAUCAGCCAUGCUCUGCUGAUCUUGGCAUCUUAUGCUUCGCUCAUUGGUACACUUUGAUCACAUAACUCUAACCCACUGAAAAAAAAUUCUGAUGUGAUCCAAGAUGUGUAUAUUUAGUUGGCAAAUUUUGAUUGCUGAACAUUUUUUAUGGCUAUUUAAAAUAUCAUGAGCAACAUAAUUGCAUUGUUCAAGAAAGUUAGGGUUAAAAUUAUCAUGUGGAAAUUAAGGACAACCUUUUGGUCGCUGUAAACAGUUGUUCUGUAUUCUCUCUUAGAAAGUGGGCACUGAAGCCAAACAAACAUAACUUUUCUCUUACUU